AAGUAUGCGAAUGACACAUUUAUAACGGAACGGUCUGCUAAAUGAUUUUCGGGAUAUACGAUUAUUUUCAAGAUUAUAGUUUAACAUAUCCGCGAUUCUUAUGAUAAUCUUAUUAGUGAAAGACAUGGAUGUGUCUAGUUGAAAAGUGAUUUUCCGUCCUUCAUGGAGACGCCAUCUUUAGCAUUAGUGUUUAAGUCGUUCGUCUAAAAGCUGGAUAGCUGGAUUAAUUACCAAUGUAAAUUGAAAAGAAAAGAUUAUUUAUCAUUUUAAGUCGUGAUUAUUUUGUCGAAAAAUGUAUUUAAUAGAAAUAAGAAGAGAAACGAUCGGAUCGUGCAGUUGACUUCCGUAGUACCGUGUCAUGCGUCCACGAUAUCUGAUCGACGUGUAGCGAAUACGUAGUAGAUUUCGGUGCGUGUCGUCACGCUGGUGAUGUUAAUAUCGUUUUCGAGUACGAAUUUUUCUGAAAACGAUAACAUCGAUAAACAGUUUUGCGUUUCGUGUGACAGGGUGAUCGAGGAAGCAAAGGUCGAUCCAUCGUUAAUUAGUACAGCCGCCAUCUUGAUAUAUAGUUUCUAGAUCCGAGAUCGUAAUGGGCACGGAAAGGCUUCCGGCGGUGCAAGUUUUUAGGAAAAUGUCGACGGAGCUCCACACGACCCAUUAAUACGAUAUUGGCGCGAGAGACGAUCGUCCUUAUUAGCUUGUGAGUCUUGGGACUGUAGUAUACCGUAAACGCAUCGCGGUCGUCGUAGGAAGCAGUAUCAGCAACGACGACGACGACAACGACGACGACGACGACAACGACGACGACGACGAAGACGACGACGACGGCGGCGGCGGCGGUGGCGGUGGUGGCGGUGGCGGCGGUGGUGGCAGCAGCGACAGCAACGGCGAUAGCGGCGGUGCCAGAAGUAACGAGAGUGGCAGUUAAUAGAGUAAAAGAGAGAACUGCAAAGAGCAGUAAGAGCGUACGCCGCGUUGUUGUAGGCGCGCAUACGAGAUCGUGUCGUGGAUUCGUUGGGUUUACACCAGUGAGAGUGAGUGAGUGACACGACGGUGGGGUAUACUCGUCGUAUCGGCCGCGACGAAGGUAGUAGUGGCGGUGGCAGUCGCGACGAUAACGAGGAUUACUACGACAAGAACGGUGGCGGUGGCAGUGGAGGAGGUGGUGGUGGUGGUGGUGGCGGCGGCGGUGGCGGCGGCGGUGGCGGCGGUGGUGGCAGCCAUAACAGCGAGGCAACUAAACUAGUGAGCAGGGAGAAAGCGUAGUGCCAGUGUCCGAGCCGUAGUGGUAGUGUUUUUUCGCGAUUGAAUACCCGAAGGAAAAGUGGACUCGGAACGAUCAGAUGUUGCUAGUAUCGCGAGUAUUGGCUGGAGGUACGGAGACUCACAGCAGUGUACAGGGCUGACAUUCAAAGUACUACCAUUUGGUAGGCUUGAGUAGUGUUAUGCCUCCUCGGCAUCAAUCUCCCUGGUUGCAGUGCAAUUGUCUCGGCAAGCGAUUAGUGAGCUACCAUGCUCAAUUCAGAAUAUUUACUUGCCAUCUCAAUUGUUGAUGAAGCCUCAUAGCGUCGAGCAUCAGCGUAAGGCAGUUACCUGCUGCAUAGCAUUUAUGUACCAUAUAUGUCUGAAAGAAUCAACGGGGUCAAGAUGCAGCAGGUGGACACUAUUUCACAAAAUAAUUCGUUAGAUGUGGAGGAGCGAGAAAGGCUGUGUAAUAUACCGAAGACAAGUGCACCUGGUAAAGCAUCAGCUACACCAGCUACACCAGGGAAAGAACCACCUCCUCGUGAAGAGCCAACAGUGGAACCCGUAAAUGGUGUAGUGCAGCCACCAGUUGUUCCGCCACCUAAUCGACCUGGACGAGUUACAAAUCAAUUACAAUUUUUACAAAAAGGAGUAUUGAAACCAGUAUGGAAACAUCAAUUUGCUUGGCCUUUUCAACAACCUGUGGACGCAAAGAAAUUGAAUUUACCAGACUAUCACAAAAUUAUCAAACAACCGAUGGAUCUGGGUACAAUAAAAAAACGAUUGGAAAAUACGUAUUACUGGAGCGGCAAAGAAUGUAUCCAAGAUUUCAAUACGAUGUUCACCAAUUGUUACGUUUACAACAAGCCAGGAGAAGAUGUUGUUGUUAUGGCACAAGCACUCGAAAAAUUGUUUCUUACAAAGGUUGCACAAAUGCCAAAAGAAGAAGUGGAACUCGAUCCUCCAGUUCCAAAAGGUCCAAAAGGGAAAAAAGCUGGCAGAGUAGGAGGACCAGUUGGAGGAAUGGCAGGAACAACUGGAAGUACAGGAAGAGGUCGUCCUUCCUCGGUAGCAGCGGCUGUUACAUCCAGUGUACCAAAUAGUUUGGCACCUUCAGCUACAUCGGCGGGUACAACAGGUGUCAUACCUAUGCCUCCUCUUGGUACACAAGCACCUGCUUCUGUACCAGGCAGUACGAAUACAACCACCAUUGCUCCGCCAUCGAGCAUGGGUGUUACUCCAAUGGCCACUCACAAUUCUCUGCCUCAACAAGUCGUCCCUCCAACGGGCGGUUACCAUGCGCAGCCAGCUAUGGAUCCACAGACGGCUUCUGCUGUACCACCUCCACCUCAGGUUCCCACUGCUCCAACUGUAAUGCCUCCAUCUCAACCAGCCAAAUUGAAAAAGGGAGUGAAGAGAAAGGCUGAUACUACAACCCCUACGGCUAAUUCGUUUGAACCAUUAUAUGCCCCAUUGGAUUCAAAGAAUGCUAAAAUUCCUGCAAGACGAGAAUCUGGUAGACAGAUCAAAAAGCCAACGAGGCAAGGGGAAGACGGCUUAGUGCCAUUCCACCAGGCCAACAUGCCCCUGAUUGGGGCAAUGGCCCAACAGCCUCAACAUACAGGUGGCAAAUCCAAGGAAAAGCUUUCAGAAGCACUCAAGUCUUGUAAUGAGAUCUUAAAAGAAUUGUUUUCUAAAAAGCAUUCGGGUUACGCAUGGCCUUUCUAUAAGCCAGUUGACGCAGAACUAUUAGGUCUGCAUGACUAUCAUGACAUUAUUAAGAAACCAAUGGAUCUUGGUACCGUAAAGACUAAAAUGGACAGUCGCGAAUAUAAAACAGCCCAGGAAUUUGCAAGCGAUGUGAGGCUUAUAUUUACCAAUUGUUACAAAUAUAAUCCUCCUGAUCAUGAUGUCGUUGCAAUGGCUAGAAAACUUCAGGAUGUAUUUGAAAUGAGGUAUGCGAAAAUACCUGAUGAACCUAUGGGAGGUAUGUCAGGAAUGAAGGGUAGCAGUAGUAGUGCAAGCAGUUCCGGUUCCGAAAGUUCUUCCGACAGCGACGAUUCUGAAGAAGAACGUACACAAAAAUUAGUUGCUCUUCAACAAGAGCUUAAAGCAAUGCAAGAACAAAUGAGAAAAUUAGUAGAAGAAAGUGGUAAAAAGAAGAGCAAGAAGAAGAAGCCGGACAAACCAAAAUCAAAGCCAAUGAGCAAUAAAAGUAGUAGUCUCGUUGGUAGUCAUACUGGUGCCAUGAAAGAACUUAUGAAACCAAGUGGUGGAAUUCCCAGUGUGUCUGAUAGUGUUGGUACUAGUAUAGCUAGUGUUGCAAUGGGCGCAAGUGAUCUAAAAAUACCUGGUGGUAUGGGUGGUGAUCUUCAUCAUCCAGCAAUAGCAGUAGGACCAAAUAAAACACAUACAACAGGAAGUUUAGGUCAUCAUUUGCCAACAGCGACGAAUGCUAAAUCAAAAGGUAAAGGAAGAGGUCCUGGAAAAGCUACUGCAGCAAAUACUGCGAACAAAAGGCCGAAAGCGAAUAGUAGAUCAAGUGGGAAUAAAAAGAAAUCGAUCAAUCAACCACCUCCCAUAACAUUUGACUCUGAGGACGAAGAUAAUGCAAAACCAAUGUCUUAUGACGAAAAGAGACAACUUAGCUUGGAUAUUAACAAACUGCCUGGAGAUAAACUAGGUAGAGUUGUACACAUAAUACAGUCUCGGGAACCUUCGUUGAGGGAUUCGAAUCCAGACGAGAUUGAGAUUGAUUUUGAAACUCUAAAGCCUUCCACAUUAAGAGAGUUGGAAAGCUAUGUUGCAUCAUGCCUCAGGAAAAAACCACAUAAAAAAGUUAGUGGAAAAUCUAAAGAUGAGCAAAUAGCAGAGAAAAAACAAGAAUUAGAAAAGAGGUUGCAGGAUGUAACAGGUCAAUUGGGGAAUGUGAAGAAAACUGCUAAGAAAGAAGACAGUAGUAAAUCAGUCGACGUAGUUGGUACUGGAGGAGCCAGUGGGCCUUCACGAUUAUCCGCUUCAAGUAGUAGUAGCAGUGACAGUGAUUCGAGCAGUAGUUCACUUUCGUCGAGCACCAGUGAUUCGAGCGACAGUGAAGCAGGAAACUCCUCCAGUCGUCCACCUAGAAAGAAGACGAAGAAGAAUGCUCAAAGUGCACCACCUCCGACAACAUCAACAACUGUUGCUCCGGCACUCAAUCAUACUGGAGGUCUAUUAAUGAAUAGUCAGCCAACAGCAAAUUCUACGGGACCAAUAGCAAAGGCAGCAUCGGUAACUCAAUCUAGCAAUAUUCCUGCCGAUCAAGGUGGCAACAGUCAGCAACCUGUAGCCGUAGCUGCUGUUACAGCAAGUCAAGGGAUGCCUGUGGCAAGUCAUGCAUCUAUGCCUGCGCAACCUCCACGACCAACAGCAAUGGCUACAGCUGCUCCUGUUAAAAAGCCAACGCCACCUCCUCCGACUACUUCUAAUCCUCCGACUCCGUCAGUAUCCGUACCAACACCACCACCCAGUGUUACUCCAACAAAUACGAACUCUGUGGUGGCAUCACCGGUUGUGCCUCAGGCGCCACAGCCUCCAACGUCUGUUAAUUCUUAUCCAAAUGCGAACACACCUGUUCCAACGGAUGGAACAACAUUAAAUCAACAGGCGGACCUUUUGCAGCCAUAUAGUACUCUAGCUUCUGUACCCACGACACAAACAUCAUUGGAACAAAGUCUUUCUAUAAAGAAGGAGUCACAUAUAUCAAUGAUUCCAACUCUUCAUACAAGUAAUAAUACCAAUUUAAAUUUACUGCCAGAUGUUAAAAAUCCAGUUAAUAUGAUGCCUACGAGUAUGGCGUCGAAUUUAAAUCUGGGAAAUAUAAAUAUGGCUAAUUUAAACAUGAAUUUACAACAAGGAUUGGCGACACACAUGUCAAUGCACAAUCAAUUGGAGAAUAUGAUAAAUACAACAUCACCUUUAACCAACAUACAAAACUCGCAUAAUGUUACGAUGUCGCAACAUUCUAACGGCUUUCCAAGUAUAAAGCGUGAAACUUCCUCGCCGAAUAUGUUGAAUAACAAUGGCAUUCCAGGAGUUAAUGUAGGAAUGAAUAUGGGAGGAAUGGGAUCGAUUUUUGAUCCUGUUCCUAUAGUUUCCAUGCCAAUGCAAAUUUCACAAAUACCCAUAAAGAAAGAAGAAAAACAGCCUCUUCCUAUUUCGCAGCCACAAAUUGCACAAAAGGCAAUGGAUGCAGGAGCUAUUUUUGCAGAAAUGAAUGCGUUAGGUUUACCACCAAUGGGCAAUCACUCGAGUUCUCAGCUCAUGCCUGAAAAGAAGAUGACGCCACCCGAUUCAAAAAAUCCUGCUUCAAACUUUGCGUCAGCUUUUAAGAACAAGACCGUUGAACAAAAUGUAAAGAACGCAUCUUCGUGGUCGUCGUUGGCUCAAGCAUCGAGUCCUCAAUCUACUGCAGGAAGUAGCAUGAAGAGCGCUGCCAGAGAUUCUUUCCAAGCGUUCAAAAAACAAGCCAAAGAAAAACAAGAUAGGCAAAGAGCACUAUUGGAACAACAAGAAAUGCGCAGACAGCAAAAGGAACAGGCUGAACGAGAACGAUUGCGACAAGAAAAUGAAAAGAGAAGAGAACGAGAGGAGGAGGAUGCUUUGGAGAAAGUAAGAAAAACUGUUGGGGAUCAACAAGGUAACGCGAUGACCGCCACGACGAGAGCGGAAGAAGUGAAAGCCAUUGUUGACACGGAUAGCAGUAGUCCAAGUCAUUCGUCUAAUCAGGACAAAGCUGCUGCCGAAAGAGAACGACAAAGGCUACGGGAACAAGAACGGAGACGGCGCGAAGCGAUGGCUGGCGCGAUUGACAUGAACAUGCAAAGCGAUUUGAUGGCUGCGUUUGAGGAAUCAUUAUAAUGUUACUAUUCGCUCCUCAUAAUAAAUCCAUUGAAACCGGGCAGGACUUGGAUGAAUAUUUGCCGCUGGACGAUAUCUACAGAGACAUUUUGAUAAUAUACGGUAUCUCUUGAUCUAUACGGAACUAAAUCUAGAAAGAGAAAAAUAGAAAGAAA